GUGAGUGCUGGGUUUGUGCUGCAGCCACAUGGUCCCCAUGGUCCUCACACACAUCGAUCUGCAGAGAGGAGCUGCUUCACUGGGCCCAUGGCUCCGGAUGAAACCCGCCCACACUGACACCUGAACCAAUGAGUGGCUCUUAAACUCACACUUGUAUAUGUGCAGAGGGGCUGAGUCCACAGGAGGAGCAGCCUCAGGUUGGAACUUUUCUAAGUUUUGAAGUGUUUUUAACCGGUGGACAUGGAGAGACCCAGUCUCCGCAGGCUGUUUUCCGCCUGUGAUGUGAACAAGACCGGCAGGAUCGAGAUCGGGGACUUCGCGGUGGUUUGCCGGGAGCUCAACGUGCCCGAAGCCGAGAUCAAGACUCUGUUCGACAGGUUCGACGCGGACGAGGAGGGAUACAUCGACUACAGCAAGUUCUCCUCCAGGUUCCAGGAGGUGUCCGAGGCGGUGGACGGGGCCUCCUCCGGGGCCGGGUCGAGCCUCAGCCCGGGAUGUUCGUGGGAAGAGUUCGUGGGUCGGAUGGACUCAGAGAAUCUCCUGUCUGAAAGUCUCAGGGAGCAGCUGGCUGAUCUUUACCAGGCCAUUCAUUCCUGUGCAAACACGGCUCUGCUUCGGGAGUACGAAAAAACUGUCCACGCACUGAUCACUCAAAGUCUGGACAACAGACAGGAGUGUGAACAGCUGGAGACCAGUUUGAAGCGAGCUGAGGAGAUGAACAGCAGUCAGCUGGAGGAACUGGAGGACGACAUACAGCUACAGCUUGUCAGAACGGAGGGGAGGGUGAGAGAAGAGGAGCGAAAGAAAAUGGAAGGAGUCAUGGCUGCCAUGCAGAGGAAGUAUAAGAAUGAAGUCGCAGACCUGCAGGCAACUGUGGACGGUCUGUUAAAGCGCCAGGAGGACUCUGACUUCAACCAUUCAAAGGACGAGGUGGUGAAUCUGAACAGAGAAAUCAGUAACCUCUCACAGGAAAACGAGCAGCUGCAGACGUCUCUGCUCCAAGCCCAGACCAACAUCGCUGUGCUGCACUCAGAGCUGGACAAGCUGAAGAACAUGUACACAGAUCAGAAAGCUCAAUACGAAAGAGAAAAAGAGGAUUUGAAGAUGAUGGUCAUGGAAUACCAGUCGUACGCCAGUCAGAUCCAGAUCCUCCAUUUGGUUCAUCAAAAUAACAGAAGCACAAACUGCCCUCUAGUGGUAUCAAGUCAGAUAGAAAAGAAAAUACAGUGGAGGUUGGAGACAGAUCCCAGUAAAACGAAUUACUCUCAUGUGGCCUCCUGGGCUGAUAAGUACCUGGACAGUGGAGUCUCGCUGCCGAUGGACACGGCUGAGAGCUUAGGCAGUGAUUAUGAAAGCGACGACAGCCGAGGCUCGGUGGAAACGGUGCAUCACAGUUACUCAUGUGUUCCGUCUGACGUGGAGAUCUCAGAAGUCAAAUCUGAAGCUGCAGUGUCAGUGGCUCCCAGCAGGGCGAGCUCCAUCGCAUCGUCCCUACGAAGACGUUUGUCUGCGUUUUCCACGAAGCCAUUAAUAGCCGACAUAGAAGAAACUGAGGAACCCACUCCCAUGUACCGUCUGGUUUUAGCAGGAGAUGCCGGUGCAGGAAAGUCCAGCUUCAUGCUGAGACUGACGCUCAACGAGUUCAGAGGAGACAUUCAGACAACGCUGGGAGUUGAUUUCCAGAUAAAGAGGAUGUUAGUGGACGGAGAGAAGACGAGUCUGCAGAUAUGGGACACUGCUGGGCAGGAGAGGUUCCGCAGUAUCGCCAGAUCUUAUUUCCGUAAAGCUCACGGCGUCCUGCUGCUCUAUGAUGUGACUUCAGAAAGCAGCUUCCUUAACAUCCGGGCGUGGGUGGAUGAGAUUCAGGAGUUGACGGAUGAGAAAAUCCCCAUGUGUGUUAUUGGAAACAAGGUGGACCUCCGAGAGCAGCUCGCUGAGGGGAGAUGUGUGAGCAGUUUACAUGGAGAGAAGUUGGCCAAGGCAUAUGGCGCCUUGUUCUGCGAAACCAGCGCCAAAGAGGGGACCAAUGUCGUCGAGGCGGUGCUUCAUCUCGCGAGAGAAGUAAAGAAAAAUGUCAAACUAAGGCGUGAGUCGGAUUCAGAGGUCAGACUAAGUCAAUCCAACCCGAAGAAGACUCUGAACAGCUGCUGUAAACUGUAGAUGUUUCAUGUUGGACGAUGCAACGGAGCAAGUUUUAAAUUUUCCAAUGAAGAACCUAAAAUGUUUUAAUCUUAAAAAUAUUUCAAACUCAAGUCUUAGAUUUAUUUUCAUUUAUUUAAAUUCUCUAAUCGGGAUGAAGGUUUCUGCACAUGUACAGAUAAACGCACAUACGAUAAUAAUGCUUCUUUGUGUUUAAGGUUUUGUACUUAUUUGUUCGUGAUUUUAUGAUAAAUAAAUAAGGAAUAUCGAGGCCUCAGUUCAGAUUCAAUCUAAAUAAUUUUAAUGGAUUAGCCGAGAGAAACAAUCUGCAAAGACUCUGAAGUUUAUGCACCUUUUUCGCUUUCAGAUCAAACUUAUGUCACAGGUUCUUGAAAAAAUGAGGGCAGACCAAACAGGUUUUUUGAAACACUUUAUUUUAGGCCUCAGUGUAACGAUAUUACAGUGCAGCGGUACUGAUUGAAGGAUAUUUUCACAGAUUUGUGGUGUUGAAAGUGUUAUUUGUUUACUAAAACUACUUUUUGUCAUUUGGUUACAGACUUUACAAAAGUUCCACUGAUUUUAUAUUUUUAUUAUUUUUUUAUUUGAGUAUCUGUGAUACAAGAACAUGUUCCAGGACCCAUUUUUAUGAUGGUUGAUUGAAUGCGAUCCCAUUUCAAAAUAAAAUAUAUAUAAAACUC